GAAAUCACAUCUGCCUACUGUUUGAUUGACAGCGUAUCAGCCAAUCAAAAUCAUCUACAAGUCCGCACAUACCUAAAAUCUCAUUCCCACAUUGGUCAGUAGUAGCCGUCAGUCAUUACGUCACGAUCCCCAUCCAACCAAUGGCUAAGCUGCUUUUUUUUGUAGAGGAUAAGCAACAGGCUGUGCCCCUGCUGAGUGUAGCACAACGCUCGGGGUUAAGCCUCUUUUUCGUUGAUAAAUAUUAUUACUUAAGUCGUCUUUAUGAUUUAGUUUCAUCACCUUUUUGUUGAGCUAGGGGUAGACAGCAGAAGAUAACUGCACAUACGUUGUUUUUUAGUAAACAAGUAGAUUUGUUCGAGGCCUUGGCAUGGAUGAAGCACGGCCUACCAGUGGUGCUCAAGCCCACGGGCUGGUGCCGCUGUUUCCCCCAGGAUUGCAGGCUAUCUACGGGGAAUGCAGGCGACUUUACCCCGAGCAGGCUAACCCGCUUCAGGUUACAGCUAUUGUAAAAUAUUGGUUAGGGGGCCCAGACCCGUUAGACUACAUCAGUAUGUAUCGGAGUAUGGGCUGUCCAGCUCAGGACAUCCAGGAGCACUGGCACUAUGUCAGCUUUGGGCUGAGUGACCUGUAUGGGGAUAAUAGGGUUCAUGAAUUCACAGGGCCAGACGGUCCCAGUGGGUUUGGCUUUGAGCUCACCUUCAGACUCAAAAGAGAGGUUGGAGAGACGGCGCCGCCAACCUGGCCAGCUGAACUCAUGCAAGGCUUGGCACGCUAUGUGUUCCAGUCAGAAAACACAUUUUGUAGUGGCGACCACGUAUCGUGGCACAGUCCACUAGACAACAGUGAAUCUCGUAUCCAGCAUAUGUUGCUUACAGAGGACCCACAGAUGCAACCAGUUCAAACUCCAUUUGGCACAGUGAGCUUUCUCCAGAUUGUGGGUGUAUGUACAGAGGAGCUACAGGCGGCCCAACAGUGGAACGGCCAAGGCAUCCUGGAGCUGAUGCGUGGAGUCAGAGUAGCUGGUGGCCCCUGGCUAAUCACAGACAUGAGGAGAGGGGAAACCAUUUUUGACAUUGAUCCACACCUACAAGAGAGAGUGGACCAGGGUAUCGAGACAGAGGGCUCUAACUUGAGCGGGGUCAGCGCUAAAUGUGUGUGGGACGAUCUGAGUCGGCCUCCAGAGGACGAGGAGGACAGCCGAUCUAUCUGCAUAGGAUCACAGCCACGGAGGCUGUCGGACAAAGACACAGAGCAGAUCAGGGAGACCCUGAGAAAAGGACUGGAGUUUAACAGCAAGGCAGCGCUACCACCCAUCAAUAGCCAGAGACAGAGCCAUGAGAGACCUCCGAGUCGGAAGGACAGUUUGGAGAGUGAGAGUUCAGCAGCCAUUGUUCCUCAUGAGUUGGUCCGAACACGACAGUUGGAGAGCGUCCAUCUGAAAUUCAACCAAGAGUCAGGCACACUGCUGCCCCUCUGCCUGCGGGGUCGGUUGCUUCAUGGGAGACACUUCACCUACAAAAGUAUCAACGGAGACACAGCCAUCACAUUUGUGUCCACGGGAGUUGAAGGAGCUUUUGCUACUGAAGAGCAUCCGUAUGCAGCCCAUGGCCCCUGGCUUCAGAUAUUGUUGACUGAAGAGUUUGUAGAGCAGAUGCUUGGGGAUUUACAGGAACUUAACACUCGUGAGGAGACAAAGUUACCAAAGGAGUACAGUUGGCCAGAAAAGAAGCUGAAGAUCUCUGUACUACCAGACUCUGUGUUUGAUAAUCCACUGCAAUGAGAUGCUAGAAAAUACCAACAGAGACACCUGCAGACACACACUUCCAGAGUGGACCAUCAUGAACAGGAGACCUCCCAGGACAUGCAAUGACCCUGUGCUGUCGGUGGGCACACAUAUGUCGUUCCCACAGUGGAAGACCAGAGACCGUUUGACUCCUGAAGCACUCCUAAACACUUUUGCCUGUUACUGCAUUCUCAGACUAGCCCCACUGUUUCAACAUUUCUCUGAGGCUUGAAAUGCUUUCGAGAAUGUCAAAUCAUCCUGAAGCCAGCCUGUCCAGAUGGUCGACCUGUAAGAACAAUCAUAGGUGACACACUAGCUGUAAGGCAUAACAGGAUGUCACUCCAGUCAGGCCUGCCAAGGUCUGAGGUCCAAAAUGUACGUCACUAAUGCAGUUGAGCACACAUCCUGUCAUCAUCAGACAGCGUGACAGUGUCCCAAACAAUAACUGGGUUGCUGUUCAGUUAUAUUUAUUCCAUUGGCCUUAGAAAGGAUGGAAAAGUCACAUGUUGAACCUUUUUUAUCAGUGUUGUUUUGUUUUUUCAGUUGAGCUUGUGUAUAGUAUUUACAAAUGCUGGACAUUUUUUCUUUUAUGUGUUUGUGGUCAUACCAAAGUUUUAUCUGUUGGCAGCCCCCUGCCAGUACUGUCUCUGUGUCUCAAUGUGUCAUGAUUUUGCAAUAAUAGGCAGGCUUGAACUAUCGUUAAAUACUAUUCACCGCCUAUUUGUCUGGGAUAAACACAACCAUCUGAAAUGUUUUCUUAGGUAUCUGGCAAAUGCUGCAGGUAAAACCACCUGUUCUCCUUCGUGCCAAGAACUUGACUUUCAUAUUGAGUAAUAACUUCUUGGAACGUGUUUUCUCACGCAUGAUGAUGCGUGUUUUUUAAAGUUUUGAAAUUUAAUACAUCGGGUCCGUUGUAAACGCUCAAAGACUGAGAAUCUGUGUUUAUGUGUCCUCAAGUGUUGUCUCCAGUGGCCACAUAAAAACCUGUUUGAAAAUGAGUCGGAGUUACAUUCCUCAGUGCCUUGAGUUGAAAAGGACCAUGUAGUCUCUGUUGACUGUUAAUGCUGCCUACAGCUCCCUGAUUGUUAAAAAGAUAUCACUUUGAAUCAGGACUGCUGCCUUGUUCGUUUUUUUUCUUGAUCCCUGUCCUCGCAUUCCAAUUUAACACUAAAACAGAAAACCUUUUACUACAGUGUCUUCUUACAAAAAUGUACUCUUAUACAACUUGUGAUGGCAUCUUAUUUUUCUUUCUCUCUCUCUCUUUUUUUUUUAUUCAGAGUGACAAAUGUAAAGUUUAGACUUUGUUGAUGUGGUAUUUUGUAAUUACUAUAUUAUUGACUGAACUGGCUGAUUGUAAUCCCAAGUGCAUUAAAGAGUGUAGAUAUUUACACAAAUAAAGCUGCAAAACUCAGA